AUGGACACAAAUUUUAACAAGGGUGAAGGGGUGACGAAUUUAGAAGCUCAAGGUACCACUUCUACUACAACUUCAUUGAUUCCUAUUUCACUUAUUUUAUCCUCUACCAUCGAAACUUCACGCGUCGAUACUUCCACUACCUUACCACCCUUUCAUACACCCAUUUCAUCUUCAUUACCUGCUUCAACCAUAUCAACCACUUAUUCUAACAUCAUGAAUCAACCCGUGACUUCCCUUUUCUCUUCUCAGUCAACCAAAGGUGAAACGUCAAUUCCAGAAGACGAUCAUGAUGCUGAUGAUGUGAUGGUCUCUUUUAUUGAGAUUCAGUUUGAUCCAGAGGAGGAUAACAUUCCUGAUCAAAUACAUAUGUCAGGAAAACAAAUUAAGAUUUUAAAUCACAAACUAAAUUCGUUGUUACAGAUUCAGGAUGAUAUUGGGGGUCGAAAUACUAUAAUUGGGAUUGAGGAACUUCGUUUAGUUGCUAAAGAACAUCAUCUACUUUUUAUUGAAGAGGUCAAGAAAGUGCAGGAGUCUGUUAAUCUAAACGUGAAGGCACUCAAGUUUGAAAUGUCGAAGGAGGUGGCCAAGAUUGAACAUAAUCAUUCAAUUCUUCAUGAUAAGAUAGAUGUUGUUGUUGACGCUAUCAAGAAACUUGUGGAGCAUUAUAUAUCUUUUACUUCCAAGUUUCAUGUCAAUAUUGAUGUCGAUUCGAAGAUGCUUUCUUCAUUAGAAACAAAUCUUAAAGCCGAACUUUCUCCUAUUCUCAAACUUGAAAAUCUGAUGCCAACAGAUGCCCCACCUGUCAAACUAAUGGUGCAAGGGGGAGAUAAGCGGGUUGGCUCAUCGAACGAUCUUGAUCAAGGAAAGGUUUUAGGGAAGGUAAUAUCCACACAAAUUCCAACAUCACUUCCUAUUCCUACAUCAACAACUUCAACCACGGUGACUUUGAGGCCAUUAACCAAAGGCAUAGUCAUAGGUGCUACUGUUCGGGGUUCGAGUUCAAAGCCAACAUCUACGAAGCAAGAUAAAGGUGAUAGAUGA